AUGGAGUCACCACAGGCCGACACAACCGCUGUCCAAACGCCAGGCACAUCUAAGAGCAAAGCCGGCAAACUCAAGACCUAUGCAAAACAACGCGCCAGCUCGGCCUCCAAGGGAAUGAGAAGCAGCGCGCGCAUUCGCGCAGCGUCCGAGGAGAUUGGAGAGCAGCAGACCCCUGCACGACCCAACAUUCCGCAAACCAUUGACGAGACUCCUGUACAGGCAAAGGCUGCCAGGUCGACUCGCAAGCGCAAGGCUGACGCUGCUGCGCCUGCUGUUGAAGAAGUUAUGGCAGACGACGCCGCCGAGGUGCCUACUGAGAAGCCAGCCAAGACGCGCAAGCGUCGUUCGAAGAAGCAGUCUAUCCAACCUGAAGAGGAACAGGAGGUCGAGGUGCCCGAGACACAGGAGCCUAGCGAGGAACAACCCGACGAGAACCCUGAGGAUCAGCCAGCCGAGCCCGAGCAAACCCAGGAAGAUGUGGUAGAAGAGGAGGCGGAGGCUGAGGCUGGUGCUUUGGACGCAGAGCCCGAGGAACCCGAGGAGCCCAUGGACAAUACCGAGGGCGAUAUGAGCCAAUUCGAGGUUCCACCAGNNACUCGGACAACGACGAGGCGCAACCCCAGUCCUCUUCAGCAAAGCCCAAGACGAAACGCAAGAGACAGUCCACCGAGAACGNGUUCGCCUGCACCGGCAGUCAAACGCGUCAAGCGAUCCUCAAUGCCUCGAGCAUCAGUUGGCGAUUACCCCGAGCAAGGUCCUUUCACACCCGUCGAGUGCGACCUGAUCGAGACUCACAUGUUGACUUUCGAACGCGAUCAUGAAUUGUCGCGCGAUCAACUCAUUGGCUUGAUCCAGUCAUCAUCACGCGAAAUGAGCAAAGUCUACGUUGAUCUUUCUACCGACAUCCUCCCUCACCGCAACCGCCGCGCCGUGCAACGCUACUGCCGCCGUCAUUACAACAACUUCCAACGCGGACGCUGGACCGAAGAGCAAGACGAGCUACUGCGCACCGCAUACGCCGAAACCCCCAACAAAUGGGUCAAGAUUGGCGAACGCGUGGGCCGCAUGCCAGAGGACUGCCGUGACCGCUGGCGCAACCACGUCUCGCUCGACCAACGCCACACCGAUGUCUGGACCCAGGACGAAGAACAGCGUUUGGCUCAAGCCGUGAGCGAGUGUCUCAAAGCCGUCCAAGCAACCAUGGAGACCGAACUCAGCCGCGAGAUCGAAGACGACUACAUUGCCUGGAACGUGGUCGUGCAANAGAUGAACGGCUCGCGCAACCGUCUGCAAUGCAGCAUGAAAUGGCGCAAAAUCAAGGCCCGCGUGAUCCGCGAAGAGACCGCCCAGCGCGAACGCGAAGAAGCAAUCGCACGUGGAGAAAUCGUCAGAGACGAGGAGGAACUCUACGACGACGGCAUGACCUCUCCCCACACAACCACGCGCUGGAAGAAUGAAGCUUCACGCCGCUUCGACGAAAUGACUGUCGGUGAUAUGCUCGACGUCACCCGCGAAACACUCUAUGGCGCACAGAUGGGUGCCUUUUCCAGCAAAAACACCUUCUGGGCUGUGGUGACGCGCUUGCACGGAGGCUCUCCCUGGAGCACCGCCGACCGCAAAGUCGUAUACAGAAAACUUCGCGAAUCUGUUGGCGAUACCCACGACUUCAAGCUCAACCUCGAAAACCAGGUCGCCUGGCUCGAAAGCCACUUCGACCCUGCAGCACUGGCUGUACGUUCGGCACCUAGACACCGCGCUUCCCACGGCGGCAGAAGAAGCACGGGCACUUUCCGUAGCGAGGAGAAGGUGCAAGAGUCUGAUGAAGAAGGAGAUUUGACUAUGCCUUCUGUUGGUGUUGAGCAGCAGAUUGACGACGAGUUGGCUGAUGCUGUUGCCCAUGCUGGCGACAACGAUGCUACAAUGGGUGCUGAAGAGGUAGAGACCAAUGGAAAUGGCAAUGGAUAUGCCGAGCAAGCAGAGGAAAUCGAGGAGGAGCAAGAACCCGAAGUUCCUGAAUCCGAGCAUGAGGAGGCAGACUACAACUGA